AUAAUUAUCUUUUACACAUGCAUUGCUUAAUUGGAUGAAUGGAUGUAUGUAUAUAUAGGGGAGAGAAUGUUCUUCCCUUGUUGUAUUUCUACUUCCAUUUCUUUUGAAUUGGCUAUUACAAGUUUUCUACAGAGUCAUGGAAAAUCGUGUUGUUGACGGGAAUGUGGAGAGGAUGCAGCGGGAGGAGAGAGCAGAUGAGCUGGUUGUUCAUGGAAAAGUUGAUUGGAAAGGAAGAAAAGCUUUGAAACACAAACAUGGGGGGAUGAAAGUUUCAUUGCUCGUACUUGCGGCAUUUGGUAUGGAGAACUUAGCAACUCUGUCUCUAGCAGUGAACUUUGUGUCAUACUUCACUGGUAUUAUGCAUUAUGAACUAGCAGAUGCAGCUAACAUGGUCACCAAUUACAUGGGUGUUAAUUACAUGCUCUCCAUUGUGGUGGCCGUUCUUGCUGACACUUGGAUUGGUAGAUACAAAUCCGUUGUUAUUUCUGGAAUCGUAGAGUCUUUGGGACUGGCAUUGCUUACGAUACAGGCACGCGUGGGUAGCCUGACACCACCCAUUUGCGACCUGUACAAUGUGAGAGAUGCACAUUGUGAAAAGCUUAGUGGGAAGCAAGAAGCAUUUCUCUUCAUUGGCCUCUACUUGUUGGCCUUUGGCAGUGCAGGUUUGAAGGCUUCCCUGCCAUCACAUGGUGCUGAUCAAUUUGAUGAAAGAGACCCCAAAGAAGCAAUGCAAAUGUCGAGCUUCUUCAACGGUCUCUUUUUAGCACUUUGCGUUGGUGGUGCAGUCAGCUUAACAUUUAAUGUGUAUAUACAAGACAAUAAUGGAUGGAUCUGGGGCUUUGGGAUCUCCACCGUUGCUAUUGUUUUGGGCACCAUUAUCUUUGCCUCUGGAUUGCCACUAUACCGAAUUCAUGCUGCACAUACAACAAACGGAAUCUUGGAGAUCAUUCAGGUCUAUGUUGCUGCAAUUCGCAACAGAAACCUUCCCCUUCCUGCCAAUCCUAUCCAACUAUAUGAGAUUCAACAGGACAAAGAAGCCGCAGUGGAAAUAGAGUAUCAACCUCAUAGAGAUAUUUUCAGGUUUUUGGACAAAGCAGCUAUCAAAAGUAGAUCUGAUGAGCAACCUGAGAACCAAGAGACUCCAAACCCGUGGAAACUAUGCAGAGUUACCCAAGUAGAAAAUGCUAAAAUCAUUCUAAGCAUGCUCCCAAUAUUCUGCUGCUCAAUCAUCAUGACCCUUUGCUUAGCACAACUUCAAACCUUCUCUAUUCAACAAGGCUCCACCAUGAACACCAGGAUCGCCAAGCAUUUUAACAUCCCACCUGCAUCUAUACCAAUCAUCCCAGUUGCCUUCUUAAUCGUUUUCGUCCCUUUCUAUGAUCGCAUUUGUGUUCCUUUUCUACGUAAAUUCACCGGUAUUCCCACCGGCAUUACACACUUGCAACGCAUAGGAGUAGGCCUGAUACUCUCUUCCAUCUCCAUGGCAGUUGCAGCAAUCAUAGAGGUCAAAAGAAAAGGAGUUGCUAGAGACAACAACAUGCUUAAUGCCUUGCCAGUAUUACAGCCAUUGCCAAUUAGUAUAUUCUGGAUUUCUUUUCAGUAUUUUGUAUUUGGCAUAGCUGACAUGUUUACCUAUGUUGGGCUUCUUGAGUUUUUCUAUUCAGAGGCACCAAAAAGCCUUAAAUCAACAGCAACAUGCUUUCUCUGGUGUGCUAUGGCCCUUGGCUAUUUUCUAAGUUCCAUAAUGGUUAAAAUUGUGAAUAGUGCAACCAAGAAUAUUACUGCAAGUGGAGGUUGGUUACAAGGGAACAAUAUCAACAGAAACCAUCUGAACUUGUUCUACUUACUCCUUUCCAUAUUGAGCUUGAUCAACUUCUUUGUCUAUUUGUUCGUUUCAAAGAGGUACAAGUACAGGCCUCAACACCCUGCAGUUACUGGUGGCAAUUCAGAGGAGUGAAUAUUGGGAGAUAAAGGUUUAGCUUAAUAUGAUUAAUAUGGAACAGUGAAGAUUUGGUGGGUUGUACUUUUCUUUGUUUGUUAAAAAUGUACGUGAGUAAAUAGAUAGAGGACUGCACCUUUAUUUUUCAUGUAAUGUCUUGGGUUAGAGCUAUAGUUUCCAAGAAAUCCAUGUGAAGUUUUUAUUUUACCUCUGCAUUUGGUUA